AUGGGCGCUCGGGACGACGACGGCGAGCCUUCGCAGAUCCUGGAGCACGUGUUCCUGGGCUCCAGGGCCCACGCGCGCGACAAGGAGCUGCUGCAGCGGCUGGGGAUCACCCACGUCUUGAAUGUGACGCCCCCGAAGAAGAUGGACCCGGUGGCUGGAGUGCCCAAUUUCUUCGAGAAGGACAAGCUCUUCACGUACAGGCGCUGCCCCAUCUUCGACAACAAGGCGGAGGACAUCUCGGGGGUGCUCGAAGGCUGUGUCGCCUUCAUGGACCAAGCCAAGUACUAUGUGCGGCGUAUGUUGUGCAUUUCUCCCUCGUUCAUGUCCUGA